ACACCCAAAAUUUUGUAAGAAAUUUUGUGACCAUACAUUUAAAGUUAAAAGAAAAAAAAGACUCAAAUAUUGGUCAAUUUUUAUUUUAGAAAAUAAAAGAUAAUAUGAUAUGAUAAAAGUUAAGAUUUAUCCCUAUUAAACUCUAAUUAUUGCAAUUAAAAAAAUGUAUAUAACAUUGAUAUCGUCCAAUAAUAUUAGGGGCACAAGUGCAAAAGAAAAAAAAAAAGAUGAGCCAUAGAAAGUGAAAAUUAAAGAAAAAGAAAAGAAAAAGGGGAAAAAGAAAAAAGAAACGGUUAACGAGCAACAAAUCGAAUCCACAUAAGUAACAAAUUAUGCCAUCCGAAGAAGAAGAAGAAGAAGAAGAAGCAGAAGCAGCAGUACAUAAAUCAUCAAACGAAGAAGAAGAAGAUAAUAAAUGGCAGUGGAUAGUGGAGUUGCUCGGAGCAGCAGAUGCCCUAGCUGCACUACCAGAAGAAGUUACGUGUUUAAAGAGUUAAGCUUUUUUGAUAAAAGAAAAACGCGAAUUAUUAAUCUACGAAGCCUUCUCUUCAUAAAACCUCUCUUUUAUCCUCGUUGGCGAUCUCUUUCUGGAAACUAUCGCAUUUUGAGCAUGGAUGCAAGGGAAAAAUCAAGAUCAACGGUAUUGGAAUCAUCAAAGCAUAAGAGAGUACCAAUUUUUGUGAUGAUGCCUGCGGACAUUUUCGCCAUCGAUUCUUCUGGAACUCCAAGAAUUAGAAAAAUCAAGGCCUUAAAAAUAUCUCUAAAAGCACUCAAGUUGGCAGGUGUCUAUGGAAUUGCAGUAGAGGUUUGGUGGGGAGUUGUUGAGCGCUUUUUGCCCUGUGAAUAUAAUUGGUUCCUUUAUGAAGAACUUUUUAGACUGGUGUCUGAAUCUGGGCUAAAGUUGCAUGUUGCUUUGUGCUUUCACUCAAACACAGACCUGUGUAAAGGUACUGGGGUUGUGGGUCUUCCUCUAUGGAUUCGAGAGAUUGGAGAUCACAACAGGGAUGUAUUUUACCGGGAUAAAAAUGGAUUUUCCAAUGAUGAUUAUCUUACUCUUGGAGUAGACGAACUUCCUCUUUUUUGUGGCCGGACUGCCCUCCAGUGUUACGAAGACUUCAUGCUCAGUUUCGUUAACAAAUUUGAUUCAUUUAUUGGAAGUGUAAUCGAAGAAAUAAGUGUUGGUCUUGGUCCUUCUGGAGAACUUAGGUAUCCUGCACAUCCGUCUGGCGACGGUAGAUGGAGAUUUCCUGGAAUUGGUGAAUUCCAGUGUUAUGACAAGUAUAUGAUGGAGGACUUGAAGAUGGCUGCUUGUCAGGAAGGAAAGCCUCAGUGGGGAGACAGAGGACCCCAAAAUGCUGGUUGUUACAAUAGUCUUCUACCUGGUAUUCCCUUUUUUGAAGAUGGGAAGGAGAGCUUUCUUUCUGAUUAUGGCCGUUUCUUCCUCGAAUGGUAUAGUGGUAAGCUGAUCUGUCAUGCAGAUGCUAUUCUGGCAAAGGCAUCUAAUUUGCUGAAGAAAUAUCAAGAAAACAAGCAAACCCCAGUAAUUUUAGUGGCUAAAAUUGGUGGAAUAUAUUGGUGGUACCAGACAGUAUCGCAUCCUGCUGAACUUACAGCUGGCUAUUACAACACAGCUUUAAGGGAUGGUUAUGAUGCUGUUGCUUCAGUGCUGUCUCGUCAUGGAGCUGCUCUGCAUAUUUCCUGCUUAGAAAUGAUGGAUAGUGAAACCCCACCAGCCUUUUGUUGCAGCCCUGAAGGAUUACUCCAGCAGAUAAGGACCAUUUCAAAGAAAAGGAUACAUUUUAUUGGAAGAAAUACUAGUGAACGGUUUGAUCAGAAAGGACUUGGGCAAAUACUUGCUAAUUGUUGUCAUCCACAGGCAGAAGCUGUAAGAUCAUUUACUUUUUUUAGAAUGAAUGAUAAAAUAUUUGCAGUUGAAAACUGGAAUAAUUUUGUUCCCUUUGUUAGAAAGAUGAGCUCGGAUUUGUAAGUACUUUUGAACCUGAUCUAACCAUUAUUUUUUACAAAGUUGUCAAGAAUAGUAGUCUUUGCCCCUAUGAUUUUUUUUUUUGCUGGCAUAGGGAUUGUGAAAGCUUAUGUAAAUUCCUCCUAGUCUAUACAGAUUUAUCAUUGCAUUUUCA